CCGCGGCGCGUACUCGCAGACGUCAGGCCAGCCAGCGUCCGUCCAGUCUUACAUUUCUGGCUGCUGUGGUCCCUCACUGAUUCAAUGAACGGUACAAUGGCUGCAUCGUCGAACAGGAUCACGCUGGGCCCCCUCGUAGCCGCUAUCGACCAAGGCACGAGUUCCACGCGCUUUCUGGUUUUCAAUGCAAAAACAGCAGAGCUUCUCAGUCACCAUCAGGUUGAGAUUAAACAGAGCUUUCCUAAAGAGGGCUGGGUGGAGGAGGAUCCAAAAGAGAUUCUUCAGUCUGUGUAUGAGUGCAUGGACAGAACCUGUGAGAAACUGACCCAGCUCAACAUUGACAUCUCGAACAUUAAAGCUAUUGGUGUGACCAAUCAGAGGGAAACCACCCUUGUUUGGGACAAGGAAACAGGAGAACCACUUUAUAAUGCUAUAGUUUGGCUUGAUCUGCGGACCCAGUCAACAGUAGAAAGGCUCAUCAACAAAACUCCAGGCAAAAACAAAAACCAUCUCAAGCACAAGACUGGCCUACCCAUCAGCACAUACUUCAGCGCAGUGAAGUUACGCUGGCUGAUGGAUAAUGUUGAAAAGGUCCAUGAAGCUGUGCUCUCUCACAGGGCCAUGUUUGGAACAGUGGACUCCUGGCUUAUCUGGUGCCUGACGGGGGGGAAGAAGGGAGGUGUUCAUUGCACAGAUGUAACCAAUGCCAGCCGGACAAUGCUCUUCAAUAUUCACACAAUGGACUGGGAUCCAGAGCUCUGCAAAUAUUUUGAUAUACCAAUGGAAAUCCUGCCAAAAGUGAGAAGUUCUUCAGAGAUUUAUGGUUUAAUGAAAAUCAGCUCUAAUCUGAAAUCUGGCCCUUUAACUGGUGUCCCCAUAUCAGGGUGUCUUGGUGACCAGUCUGCUGCGCUGGUGGGACAGAUGUGUUUCAAGGACGGACAAGCCAAAAAUACUUAUGGGACUGGUUGUUUCCUGCUUAAAAACGUAGGAACAAAGCCUGUAAUGUCGGACCAUGGACUCCUGACAACGGUCGCAUAUAAACUUGGGCGUGACAAGCCAGCCUGCUAUGCACUAGAGGGUUCAGUUGCCAUUGCAGGAGCAGUUGUGCGUUGGCUAAAGGAUAAUCUCGGAAUUAUCCAAACCUCUACAGAACUAGAGAAACUAGCUGCUGACGUUGGCACAUCGUAUGGCUGUUAUUUCGUCCCUGCAUUCUCUGGAUUAUAUGCGCCAUACUGGGAACCAAGCGCUAGAGGAAUCAUCUGUGGUCUAACACAGUUCACCAAUAGGAGUCAUUUGGCUUUCGCAGCACUUGAAGCUGUCUGCUUCCAGACACGAGAGAUUCUGGAUGCAAUGAACCAGGACAGUUGUAUUCAUCUGUCCCAGCUCCAGGUUGAUGGAGGCAUGACGUCCAACCGGUUACUGAUGCAGCUGCAGGCCGACAUACUGUGUAUCCCAGUCGUAAAGCCAUCCAUGCCUGAGACCACAGCUCUGGGUGCUGCCAUGGCAGCAGGAGCAGCUGAGGGGGUCAGUGUGUGGAGCCUAAACCCAGAAGAUCUCACUGAGGUCACUUCAGAAAAAUUUGAACCUCAGAUCAACCCAGAGGAGAGUGAACUGCGAUAUGCUCGCUGGAAGAAAGCUGUUCAGAGGGCUAUGAACUGGGAAACCACAGAACCAGUCAACAAUGGAGAUGAGGAGACUAGUAUCUUCAGUAGUGUUCCCUUGGGCUUUUACAUUCUGGGUAGCAUGUUUAUGUUAAUUGGAGCAAAGUACAUUGCAGCAGGGCAGAAGUAGACUUGAACCUUAUUGCAUUUCAGAAGAUGGAAAAUGAAGUCAUUGGGUCCAUGGCUUACCCCUUCAAAAUCAAGAUGUGCUGUAGUGGCCUUGGCAAAA